AUGGAAAGAAAUGAUAAAGCCCUGCACAUUCACAAAAAGCAGAAUGAUGAAAUAUUAGAAGCUAUAAUAAUGAAGUUUCAACCAUGGCAAUUAAAAAUCUCAAUCCUUAUGUCACUGUUAAAAUUUCCAAUUGCCUGGUUUACUUUAAGCAUUGUUUUUUUGGCACCACCUACGCAGUUCUGGUGCACCCCACCUCCCACACACAGAAACUUAUUACAAGAAAAAUGGCUGAAUAUUUCGCAACAACUACAUUUUACCCAGGAAAGCCUCAACAGCGGAUCUUGUAAAAUGGUCGAGUUAGAGAGUAAUAAAACGAUUCCUUGCAAAUUUGAGUACAGCUACAAUAACUCAAUGUUCAAUUCAACAAUUAUAUCAGAAUGGGACUUAGUUUGCGGAAGAGGACAUUUGAUAGAUUUGUCACAAGCGACACUGAUGCUGGGUGUUCUUAUUGGAAACAUUUUAUUUGGAAUUCUGGCGGACCGAUACGGAAGAAAAUUGAUAAUAAUGUUCUGUAUAACUUUUCAAGCACUAUUUGGAAUCGCUACUUCUUUUGCUCCAUAUUACUGGUUAUUUAUCUUUCUUCGAAGUUUGGUGGCAAUAACUAAUGGUGGCACGAUGGUAACGUCUUUUGUAAUGUGCAUGGAAGCAGUUGAAGAUAGAUGGAGAUCUGUAAUACCAAUUCUAUACCAGAUACCAUUUGGUUUUGGAAACACCAUAAUGGCUAUUGUAGCUUAUUUUGUAAGAGAUUGGAGAUACCUACAUUUUAUUCUUUCGGUUUUGUGUACUCUAUUUAUUCUAUAUUAUUGGUACAUACAGGAAUCUCCGAGAUGGCUUUUAGCGACCGGCCAAAAAACUGAAGCUAUCUCAGUCAUAAAAAAUAUAGCUGAACAGUACAAUGUAGAUCAAAAGAAAUUCGAAAUUACGAUGUUUUCCGGCAUAACCUUCUAUGCAUUUUCACAAUACUUAGGACAAAUUGGCACGAAUAUUUUCUUAACUGUGGCUACCAGUGGAUUAGUUGCUCUACCGGGAACCAUCGCAUGCAUCUUCUUAGUUGGUAAAUAUGGAAGAAGAUGGACAAUAGCCAGUUCUUACUUGUUUACAGCCAGUUGCUUUUUGUUCAUUUCUCUUACACCAAAAGGAUAUUUUAAUAAUGAUUGGUUACGAGUAGUACUUUCUGGUUUUGGAAUAAUUGGUAUAUCGGUUUCGACGCCAGCCCUAUAUCUAUUUACAGGUGAACUAUACCCUACAGUGUUACGAAAUGCCGGAGUUGGUAUGUGUCUUAUGUGUUCAAGAGUGGGAUCCAUGUUCGCACCUUUUUUAAUUACACUAGAAGAAAAGGAAACAGCAUUACCCCUUAUUAUAUUGACUUCGAUAACUCUGCUACAGGUGGUACUAGUUUUGCCUUUACAGGAAACGAAAAAUUUAAAGUUGCAAGACACAGUUCAAGAUCUAGAGAAAAUAUAA